AUGUGGCUUUCGCGGAAGGUAGAUUGCGCUGCUAAGGAUGAAGUUCUAUUCAUGACUUCGGAAAAGCACUCUGAACCACUCUCGGAAGAAUGUACCUGGAUGAACAUGCUUAAAGUAUUCAAAAAGCCUAUAGGCCCUAGGUUUCCGGAUGGAUCAAUCAACUGGCAAUGCCCUUGCAUGGCAGGAGGUUCACUAGUCGCUCAUAGAUGUGGCCAUCUUUUUCGACCUCUCUACAUUUGUAUGUCCAAUGACGAAAAGGAGGACAGCUCUAUAAAAUGUCCUGAAGAAUUCGUUGACUGGGUAGCUUGUAUGCAGAACCUGAGUGGUAUGGAAGAGAAGCAUGCGGUGCAUUUCAUGACCAAGAAGGAUCUCCUGGAGCCUUUAGCCGCGGACUUGAAGCACUUGCUUGAACCCAGGAAGGAUGAGCCAACAUCAUUUCUAGCUGACGGUCGUAUAAACGAGGAAUGCACAUGUCUUCAUUCAGCCCUAGCUCACCGAUGCGGUCACCUUAUGCGUGAAGCCGUCCGGUGUUUCAAUUCGUCUACAGUAACACCUCGUGGUGCUGACUGUGAAGAAUAUUUCAUACGGCAGGCCAAAUGUGUGAAAAAGUACGGUGGCUUCAAGGACUGA